AUGGCAGUCGCGAGCGCUUUCUUCUCGUCCUCAACUCUUCGUCGAUGUAAAGCUUCGGAUUGUAGCUUUAGUUCUCAAAUAUCACCGUUGGAUGUCUGUAGGGUUCCUGCAAUUUGUUAUGGAUCUGUUGAAUCUGCAAUCAGUUUCCCAAGGAGAAAGAACAUUCUGCAACUGCAAGCUUCUAUUAACUCUACGGGUGCAGUGGGAUUUCCCUCUUCGAAGUCAGAGCAGGAUGCUGAUACUGUUCCUAUACCAGUGGUUUUGAUUGAUCAAGAUUCAGAUUCUGAUGCAACAAUUGUACAACUUAGUUUUGGAGAUCGUCUUGGAGCUCUUAUUGACACGAUGAAGGCCCUUAAAGAUUUGGGCUUGGAUGUGGCAAAGGGAACUGUUUCAACUGAGGGACCAGUUAAACAAACAAAAUUCUUCAUCACACUAUUGGGAACUGGCCGCAAAGUUGACGAUCCUGAUAUGCUAGAGAGAAUUAGGCUUACCAUCAUUAACAACCUUUUGAAGUAUCAUCCGGAAUCUAGUGAGCGGCUUGCAAUGGGUGCAACUUUUGGAAUUAAAGCACCAGAGAAGAAGCUUAUUGUUGAUAUUGCAACCCAUAUGUAUGUUAAGGAUGAUGGACCUAAGAGAAGUUUGCUUUAUAUAGAAACAGCAGAUCGACCAGGCCUGUUAGUAGAAAUCAUCAAGAUCAUGGCUGAUAUCAAUAUCAAUGUGGAAUCAGCAGAGAUUGACACAGAAGGAUUGGUUGCCAAAGAUAAAUUUUAUGUCAGCUACAGAGGGGCAGCCUUAAACAGUUCCUUGUCUCAGGUCUUGAUAAACUGUUUGCGUUACUACCUUCGAAGGCCAGAAACAGAUGAAGAUAGUUACUGAUGCUUACAUAAGGAACUCAUGGCUGGACAUCAGGUGUUGCCAUCUUCAGUUUAAAC